AUGCCGAUGAGGUAUAUAAACGCAGCGACAGACGAAAAACCGGCGCGGCCAAGCGCUAUGUUUUGUGUGUGUCUGCUUGUCUGCUGUCUCUGCGAACAGUGCAAUAUAUCGCCCGAGGGGGAAGGAAAGGCGAGAGAUGUCUCUGCCUGUGUUAAAAGUCUGCGUCGAAAUGCUCGAAUGCACAAUUACAUUUUUUAAAUAAUAAAAAAAAGUGCCACGUCAUAAAUAGUUCACGUCUCAUAAAAAUUACAGUAUUUUUCCAGAUAUAAAUAUUCGAAUUAAACAACUUGUUCUUCAACCAGACGAAAUUGUUAUUCGCGAAUUGACCGCUUUUCUUCAAAUCAAUGCAUUUGCUGAAUCGGAGAAUGAUUCGAAAUUGGAUCAACAAGAACAAAUUGAAUUGAUGCACAAAAAACGCAAACUUGUUGCUCAAUUCUCAAAAUUGAUUAUUCAUGGUUGUUUCCCAGUCAGCUGUUUAUUACCAUUGGUCAGAAAUUAUGUCUCUCAUUUCACCGAUUUUGGAGAUAUUUUCAAUAAUUUGUUAUACAAAUGUAGAGAUGUUGAUUUUGUCGAAACUGCGGAAACAUUGGUUACCGCUUUGCAGGAAAUGUUUGAAGAAUUAUUGGAGACAAAGAAACAACUUGAUCCAUUGUCUGAUUCAUUCAAUGCAUUGAGAGAUUUGGCGAAAAGGUAUUUUGAGGAAAACAAUUCCAGAUUAUAUUAUUAUAUUUUCCAGAUUCGCAUCGGCUUUUGGUUCUGACUACAGUAAAAAUCGUUAUGCUGUUGCCACCAUCCAUAAAUCAGCAAUCGAUUUUGCUUUCCGAGAUUUCGACACUACACCAAAAGGAAACGAUAAACCACCGAAAAAUCUAUUCUUCUUGGAAAUCGCUAUCGAAUUCAGCUCAAAACUUCUUGCUCAAGAUAAAGCCGCUGUGUAAGUCUUUUAAUAAUCUCUUCCUGCUGUUUGUAUGUAUUAUUGUAUUUCAGUAUGCGCUACUUGAACAAAACUUAUCCCGAAGCCGCCCCCGGAAAAGGUCAAUGGGAACCGUACAAAUUGUAUAUCGCGUCACUCACUGAAAAGCGGAAUGAUUUCAACGACGACGCUUCAUCGGUUCGUAGUUUCUCAACAGUUCGUUCCGAUUCGAGCCAUCGUAGUACUCCACGCGGAAGAGGUCGUGGUAGAGGUGGAAUUCGCCGCAAUGUGGACUUUUAA